GCAAGCCAGCGAUGGGCCAGAGCUGGAUGUUGGCCCAGUUGGCCGCCGUGGACCUUGAAGUUUUUUCAUUCAUACGUGAAGCGCUGCACUUGGUGUGUUUAGUGCGUGGACAUGGUUCGUUCGACGUUCCUGUUGGUCUUCCUUAUUCAAUGCUCGUAUGCUGACAUGACACCGAUCACAAUAAUACAGGCCAACAGCGAUCAAGCCCUAGCAAUGUCCUAGUCGUGCAUCGAAAACAGCUGGCCUGCUGUCAACGGGGCGUCCAAAAUGGAGCCCGCUGAUUACACUCACGGGGCAAAGAAACUCUACUCGCCCACGUCGCUCACCGAGUUUGCUCCUCUUAGCUCCGAUGUGAAAACUAAAGCCACUGGGUUCUCUCUGAGCCGAUUUUUCAAGCUUUCACGAGCACCACGAACUGAUGCUACCGCGGAUCCCUCAGUCCCUGAAGUGCGUGAAGAGAGUCCCUGUCAAUGCAUCCCAGAAAACGAAGUUGUUACUUCUGCUCCGCAAUCGUCGCCCAGUGCCAGGUCUGAAUGCGACUCUCCAACAGCCACCACAAGUACGCUCGCUGCUGAACCACAGACAGUGCCGCCGCCGCUACAGGAAGGCAGAGAACUGGACGUUUUGUACACGCGCAGUUUCUCUGGUGUGCUGAGUCGUAUCGCGCACAUCAUGGACCGCGGUAUCGUAGCCCCAAAUGCUUACAAAGACGCAGAUUUCAAACAGUACUGGAUGCCGGACAGCAACUGUAGGGAAUGCUAUGAAUGCGGCGACAAGUUCACAACCUUUCGUCGGCGCCACCACUGCAGGAUUUGUGGCCAGAUAUUCUGUAGCCGCUGCUGUAACCGCGAGAUUCCCGGUAAAAUAAUCGGAUACAGAGGGGAUCUGCGGGUUUGUAUGUACUGUUGCCAAGUUGUAUUAUCGUACGUCAAAUCGCUGGACUUAAGUGCCGAUUUGCGUGGAGUCCUGGCGGACCUGCAGAACAAGCUGGGUGUGAUGCGCAUGGAAGAGGAAGACUCAGCUUCACUUGAUACUGGCACGUGGGGAUCUUCGGGAAGAAGAAAGACGUCGGUAGGAUUUCGAGAAGAAGCCUUGGUCGUUCCUAAGGGAGACACCGAAGAUUACAGCCCUUCAGACAAGUCCGGUUUCCAAACCCCUUCACCAAGGACGCCUGUCUACGACAAGAUGUUCAUUCGCGAGUUGUGGUCUCAGAUACAACACCCAGUUCACGGAGUAUCCUUUCAGACCCACCGACAUCGUCUCCAUUCCUACAGCAAUUGUGUGGUUGGGAAUGAACUUGUGGACUGGCUUGUGGCGCAGGGAAAGGUCUCAUCACGAGGAGAGGCAAUUUCAAUUGGUCAGGCCUUGAUUGAUAGCAAGUUCCUCGAGCCUGUCAUACCACAUGAGCCAAUCUUUAUUGAUGCCUAUUCCCUCUAUAAACCUGGUUCGGACAAUCAGAUUGACUCUGGCCCAAGCCAUUCAAGCAGCCCUCCUGAUGAAGUUGUGGAAGAGAAUCAAGAUCCCCUUUGGGUUUCUGAAAUUCAACCUGCGGCAAGCCUUUCUCCUUUUGCCAGUAUGGAUGACGCACUCAGAGUAGAUAAGAUGUCAGCUGACCGCCUGGACAGUUCAGUACCAUACAAGGAAAAGAAACGACUCGCAGCAUCAACAUCAACCUUUUUUCUCAAUCUUGAUUUGAAAGAAUCGAGAGUAACUGUAUCAAGACCCCGAGAUUCGCUGGCAAUAUCCCCAGAGGAAGAAGAACCUGAGGAUACAAGGCGCAGCCGGUGGGACUCCCAUCGAAGUGCUAUAAGUAAUGAAAUUUGUAAUCACAGUAUUGCAGAUGACUGUGUCAGUGGAGCUUUGUAUGCAAGCUGCAGCAUGAAUAAUCCUGGUCAACAAAAGUAUGUAGUUGAUGAAACAAAAGUGAAAGAGACCAAAGAAAGCUUGAGCUCAGCCUACAGUGUGCUUGAGAAAGACCUGUUGAACCAGCUUCUUGCUGCUGAUGGGCUUCCAUUGCCUUGGGCUGAGGUAGUGUUGCCAAUAGUUCACAGAGUCGCAAACAUUGUAACACCUGAUGUGAAGCACCUGGAUGAUGACAUGGAUAUUCGGCAAUAUGUUCAUAUAAAGAAGAUUCCAGGAGGACAUAGAACUGAAUGCAUGGUCGUCAAUGGUGUUGUUUGCACAAAAAAUGUUGUUCACAAGAAGAUGAGACAACAACUUACAAACCCACGCAUUCUUCUUGUGGGCUCGUCGAUUGUGUACCAGCGGGUGGAAAACAAGCUCUCCUCACUUGACCCUAUUCUUAUGCAGGAAUGCGAGUAUCUUAAGCAUGUUGUUGCCAAGAUACAGGUCUUUCGGCCAGACUUGCUUCUUGUUGAAAAAACAGUGUCUCGGCUGGCACAGGAAAAGCUUUUGCAGAUGGAUGUUACAUUAGCAAUCAAUGUGAAGCCAUCGGUUAUGGAACGGGUUUCGCGGUGCACUCAGUCGGCUAUUGUUAGCUCCAUAGAUGCCCAGCUUCGAAAGCCUAACUUGGGCUCCUGUCAGAACUUUUUUGUUAAGACCUACUUACUCCCAUCAAACAGAUUCAAGACACUUCUAUUCUUUGACGGUUGCUCCAGUGCGUUGGGAUGCACCAUUCUGUUAAGGGGAGGCUCGGGGACUGAGCUGAAGAAAGUCAAGAACAUAAUUCGCUUCAUGCUAUAUGUAUCUUUUAACUGGCGACUAGAGCUGGCUUUCUUGAUGGAUGAACAUGCUCAACCACCAGCACGGUUGCAGGUUGCUGAGGAUGACGUGGAAAAUGAAGUUGAAGAGAACCAUGCAGUGCAUGAUGAAAGCCUUGCUGCAUUAGACCACACAGAACAGAAGGUGUCAUUGGGGCCAGAGGACAGUACAAGAAAAGUAGAGAUAAGUUGUGUUGAAGACUUCAGUGACCCACUCCACACUUUGUUGAACUCAGAUGAAGAUGGAGCAGCACUCACAGAGCACAGACUUUCAUUAAAAUCACAAGUUCUGCCAUUAAGUAACUCAUUUAAGUUAGCUUUGGAUUCAACAAUUCUGUGUUGUUCACCUUUUAUUAGGCUCACAGUGCCAUACCUGAAGACUGAAGCUGGUCGUCGCUGUGAACUACGCAAGUUUUUCUCGGAUGAAAUUUACUGGUCUCCUAAGAUAUGUGACAGUGAGGAAGUGUGGAACAAAAUGGAACCUGAUGAUUCAUCAUUGAGCACAUUGAGUGCUAGGAACAUGCAGGAAAAGGUAGUAAUUCUUCCUUAUCACCCUUUCACAUAUCAAAAGCUUUCCUACUUUUGGGAAUCGAUCGAAGCAGAAGCACUGCUAGCUGACUUUCGGGCCCGUGGUGGAAGAAUCCAGAACCUUUGCCAUCACAACUUUGGCAAGGUCGAAACUUCACCAGGACAUUCACCAACCAACGGGGCUGGUGCCACAGCAGAUCAACACAUUUGGGAUGGCAGAACUGAUGCUCUGAGUCCCUACAACCAUCAAAGAGUUGCUGUGCUUUUUUGUAGCUAUUCACCAACUUCAAGCAAUGCGCCAUACUUCUGUGUGAAUCCAUGGGUGGUCAAUAUGGACUUUUAUGGUCGCAAUGACAUUCCGCUUGGUGGUUUUCUAGAGCGCUAUUGUUUUCGAUCAUCCUACACAUGUCCCAAUGCAUCUUGUGACACCCCUAUGCUUGAGCAUGUGCGCAAGUUUGUCCAUGAAAAUGGUUGUAUUCAAAUUUUGUUACAUCAUUUAGACAAUCCGCCAACCACGGCUCAGAGUUCUAUUCUCAUGUGGAGUUGGUGCCGUAAAUGUCGCUUUGUGACACCACUUACUACAAUGAGUGAAGAGACAUGGUCACUUUCAUUUGCCAAAUACCUGGAGCUGCGUUUUCAUGGUCAUGCAUACACAUGCAGAGGCUCACAUGAGCAGUGCCAACAUUCUUUGCACCAUGAUCACUAUCAAUACUUUGCUUCACAGCAAGUGGUGGCAUCUUUCAAGUACUCACCUAUUGCUAUUAGGGAAGUGGCUUUGCCUCCACCUGUGAUCUCCAUUGUUGAUGAAAUUCCUCAAGUGAGUGUAGUUGUUGAUGAGAUUCGAGACUUGGCACUUAAAGGAUACUGGGUUUAUAACACUGUCGUGGAGACACUGUGCUCCCUUAGGGCACAGGUGCAAGCUACUAAAUAUGAGGCUUUUGCUGCUGACCUCAUGGAAAUGCAGCAGACUGAGAAGAAUGCCUUCAAAGAGAAAAUAGAAGACAUUCAGCUCCAACUGACAUCACCAAAUCUGAAGAAGUGCCAAUCACAAGAUCCAUCUACUUUGGACACGUGUGUCCUCAAUGAGGCAUGUUCACUGGCAUGGAAAAUAAAUGACAGCCUUGUCUUGCUAAAACAUUACAUUGCAGAUGCCGUUAACUGUUGGAACAAAAGACUGCAAGACUUUGAAUCAGUCAGAAAAAGAGAAGAAAAGUUGCUGGCAAAAUCGAGCCAAAUAAAGAAGCCCACAUCUUCACUUGGAGCCGACACAACGGCACUUUCAGAUGACCAGACAGGUGUGGCCAAACAUGAACUUAAUGAAAGCAUAGACACAGCCAGCAGUCUGGGAGAUAGUGACUCUGCUGGAGAUGCAGACAUUGUGGAAGGUCACUUCAGCAUUGAUCCACAUCAAAUGCUGGAUGUAAGCAGGGAUGACAAUAUUGCAUUCCUACCUGAUGACAGCUUCAGUCCCCCUACUGGCACAGCACUACGUGUGUCAAGUAGUAGCUCAUCAGUUUCAAGCUGUAUGUAUGGGGCUUCUCCGGGCAUAUAUGCUGGCCUUAUGGGCCAAGACACCAGUACUCCAAAGCAGGACAGCUAUAACCAAGCACCAAGUUUGGAUGAUAGCACGGAGUCGAAAAAGUCUACAGCCUUAAAAAGCCACGAACGAUCUCGUUCUGAUGGUGCCGAACGCGUGCUUGAAAAUCGUACGAAACUGUCCACAGCAUCCAAAGCUGAUGACGACACGCCUGGGAAGCAGGAAAAAAGAGGAACAGUUAAAACCAUUAUCAGCCAGCUUCUGUCUAGUUCUGGAAGCAAUCCUAUUCAAAGCCCAUUUCCUCCAUCAGACCAUUUUAAUGUUUCGCAUGGUGCCAGAAUUCCUAUCGUCAUAUAUGACCAGGAACCCAGCUCUAUUAUUGCUCACGCUCUUGCUUCCACUGAUUAUGAACAGAAACUCGCAGAGCUGCAAUCAACCCUGACAACAGCUUUAAGCCAGUUGCGAGAGCAGCCUAGUCCAACUACAAAAGCGCCUGCAGAGAAUGCUAUGGUGGAUUUCAACGAUCUGGCUCUUUGUAGCAGCCAGGAAACAGACAAAAGAACUGGGCACAAGAACCCCAACAUGCACAUCGAAACCCAGUUCAGUGAUGCAACAUCACAGUUUUACUGUCGCAUAUUUUUUGCUGAACAGUUCCGAAAGUUGAGAUGUCUCAUUUUCCCACACGGAGAAGAUCGCUUCAUCCACUCACUUUCACGGUGUGUGUCUUGGAGCGCGCAAGGUGGGAAGUCUGGCUCUUCAUUUUGCAAAACACAUGAUGACCGCUUUAUCUUGAAGCAAAUGUCUCGUUAUGAGGUUCAGUCUUUCCUUGAAUUUGCACCCCUGUACUUUCAAUACGUGAGCAGUGCUUGUACAGACAGGCAGCCCACUGUAUUGGCCAAGAUUGUUGGCGUGUUCCGCAUUGGGUACAAGAACUCUGCCACUAAUGCUGCAUCUAAGCUGGACCUUCUGGUAAUGGAGAACCUUUUCUAUAAGCGUAACAUUGCUCAAAAGUUUGACCUCAAGGGUUCUGUGCGUAACCGCAUGGUAAAUACACGUUCGCAGACUGAAGGUGAUGUGGUUCUCUUAGAUGAAAACUUGCUGAAGACAACUUGUGACUCUCCUCUGUAUGUGCGGCCACAUUCCAAAACUGUCCUAUCACUGGCUAUCAGGAAUGAUGCAAAUUUUUUGUCCGAUAAUUCUGUCAUGGACUAUUCGUUGCUUGUUGGCUUUGACAAUGACCGAAAAGAGCUGGUGGUUGGCAUAAUAGACUACAUACGCACCUUUACCUGGGACAAGAAGCUUGAGAUGGUGGUGAAGUCAACUGUGACUCUUCGCGGCCAUGGGAAACUUCCCACAAUAGUUUGGCCAAACCUUUACAGAGUUCGGUUCUGUGAGGCAAUGGACAAGUACUUUCUGUGUGUACCUGAUCACUGGAGUGGCCUAGGCAGAGGUGUAGAGUGUUGAUGUGCUGUGCAUCGCCAUGUCAAAGCACUUUCUGCUUUCUUUUGUGACAUUUGCAAUUCUGCUGACUUUCAAGUGCUGUGAUUAACUUGAACGCUACUGUGAUAUAACAUUUUUCUGGGCAUCAAAAGCUUUUCUUUCUGGAUUGCUUGUAGCCUGAAACGAAUAUUAUGCAACACUCAUUCAACAUUGUAAUGAAUUUUUGUGAGCUUUAUUGCAGAAGUGAUAGCAUUAUAGUAGCAAAAGCUUAAAUAUAAACGAAA